AUGUAUGAGAACCUCCUGAAUCAUGAUCCAGAGAGUGAAGAUCCUGAUGCGGAGAAACCAACAUAUGAAGGAAUCGAGCUUAAAUGUGGAUGGAAAGUUAUUGGAACUGAAAAUUUAGCAACCAGUAAUGCCAAAAGUAAGCAAGUUCUGACGAACUGGGUCGAGCGCACCAUUGAAGAUUCUUUCAAGGAAGUCAGCACAUUUGCAAGUGAUCUAUCUGCAUCAUUUCAAAACCGCAUUGAGACCUGCGGGGUAACCGAGGAAGUUGGAAAGGCAAACUUCUUUGACAUUGAAGAAAUAUUUCAACUUCUUUGUGGAGAAAGACUGUUAAACGAUCAUGUUAGAGUGAGAGAAGGUGAUCUGGAAGUGUUUGGAGCUGCAAGCUUUGAGUUAUUUUUCCAAGAAGUUUGCAACCUAAGCCACAUCAAAGCCAAAGACGAUGAGCUCUUUGACGAAAGACUCUCUCGAAAUGUGCUACGUCAAUGGAAAAGUGCAAUCAGGCAUUUAGUGUGGGAGAAAGCAAUGAAAAAUUUGCUUUUAUCUUGUCUGAAACCGGUGAAUGAUAACGGCAUUACCACUGCAGUAACAACUGAUCCCGAGGCUAAAUUAGAAAAGAUGGAAACAGUAGCACAAGAAGAUUGUAAACUCAAUCUUCAUCCGUUAUUCGCAUUGAAAUUUACAAGUCAUGCAUCAUUCCAAUGUUUUGUUGACGAAUCAAAGGUAGCGUCUCUGUUGUACACAAAUGAAAUCUUGUAUGACAAAGCAGGAAGCGUGGCAAUGACCGCAUUUGACAUUGCUACAUCCAUUGGGGGAUCUGAAGCAAUUGUUGAAAGUUUCUACAGUGUUAUGGACACUCAACGACAAGUGCGCCAGCUGCAUACCACUUUGGAAAACCGAACCAUACUUGACUGGGCUACAAGCAACGUGCUAAAUCUUGAAGAUGUUAUUUCAAAGGCCGCUAAACUUUACGUUGAUGGAUCAUCAUCAUUGAAACUACCACGUCAUCGUGUCGGGGUAAUGAAGAAAAAGACAGAGAAGUCAUACAAGGCUAGUCAGGUUCUGACGCGAAUGAAGUCGGAAAAGGGACGCUAUUCAUUCCUGUCAUGA